AUGGCCACCACUGGGCCAGGUUUAAUGAAAUUACCCUCGUUGGGCUCGAGUCCACUUCAUAGACAACUUCCGAUCAGCACCGAUGACAGCCCACCCGGUCGCCGCCGAGCUUCGAUCACCGACCCCAGCUUGCAUGCCCACUCCCUGCCACCCGCUCCAGCUAGCAGUCUUCAGCCAGCCAGUCUGAGUAGUGCCCGGAGUACCACACUGCCUUCACUCCGAGAAAUGAAUCAGCAUCCAAGCCUCAGUCGUGCCGAACCGGAACAGAGCUCAAGAAACCUCCAACUCCCCUCCCAGCCGGUCGAGCACAGCCCAUCCAUCGACCCGGCUGCCCGGCGCCGUGGAAGUGCUGCCGAUCUCGAUAACAUCUUACUCAACUCGAACUCACCCGACCACCGCUAUCAUCAUCAUCACCACCACCACCACCACCAACACCAUCCCCCUCCAACCGACCAUCCGAUGCCGGCCACUGUCAAUCCUAACCAGCCUUUGGCUGAACAGCAAAACAGUCUCCGCCAAGCUGACCAUCCGGUCCAGCCGUCCAAAUUCAGCCCAACCACCGCAGGCCCUCCUUCGCCCUCCUUCCACCUCUAUCCGCAGACGUCCAACAGCCCUGUCUCACCCAGAAGCUUCCCGUCCAUCCCAUCAGCCCAUCAGCCGCCCGAACUCAACGCCGUCUCAAUCGGCCCCCUCACUAGCAGACGGCCAUCCUCCGCCAUGAGACGCAGAGGAUCAUCGCGCCUCAAUGAGCUUGAUAGUGGCCAAACCGAAGAUCCGUCCAAAGUCCGCACCCCUGGUCUUGCUGCGAAUCCAAGCGGAUCGGAUCAUCCGCGUGGCUUCCCUCUACCUGGCGGCUCACAAUGGCCUUAUCCAACGCCACACCACCGGCAUCAGUUGCACCAGAAACCUCCGAGUCCAAUGAAGCGUCGCCACAGCAGCCAAAGCACCUCUGAUUCCACUGUCCCCCCUCCCGUCUAUUACGCUCUACCGCCCGAUCAGAGCGGACCAGCUGAUCAUCCUUGGAAUUCGCCUGGCCUGCUUUCCAAUCACUCUCAACAGGAGGACCUGGCGGAGUAUACUAUGCUACCCAGUGCUAAUGAUCGCCUCGACGUCCGCCGACAGUCCGAAACUUCGACUGUCAGUAGUAGCACCGGCACAUGGUUCGAUCGCAGGCAAAGCGGUGGGAGUGGGGGAGGCGAAGGACCGGAUGAUAACCCAAACCUGAUAUCUGACCAUUCAUUGCGCCAUCGGUCUUGGUCAUCAUCAUCAAAUCCACCCUUCUCGCCAACCCAGACAGCAGUAGCUGCAAGCAUUGGCAGUUAUGCGUUUCCCCCAAUCCCACCUGGAGAACAGGCCAACAACCGACCGAGCUAUCAGGCCCGACCCGGAGUGAUGACCGAAAACGGAGGAUGGAACCUGAGCAAGUCCAACUCAUUUGAUGAUCCGGUGACAGGACGACGUUCAUCGGGAGUUGAAGACGAACUCAAAGACAGGUUGGCUGGCACCCGCCUCGACCGUCUACCCCUUCUUCACUCACGGCCCGUCCCGGAGGAAAGCGACGGCGGUGGACCGCAAGACAUGGACCAUAUCAACCAGGCUAACAGGCUUGGUACAGCUGGCGCCCUUAGUCCCUAUUCACGCUCGCCCGAAUUGAAGAUCAGUCAUAAACUUGCUGAACGGAAACGAAGGAAGGAAAUGAGAGACUUGUUUGACGAAUUACGCGAAGUCCUUCCCGUGACGGACGAGAGGCACUCCAAAGGAAGUAAAUGGGAAACCCUCAGUCGAGCGGUUGACUACAUGCAGCAAAUUCGGUUGGAAAACGAGAGGCUGAAAGCGGAUAAUCUGCACUUACAAGGCAGACUUACCGCGCUCAGUGGGGGUCUCUCCACCAGAAUAGAACAACAAGAUUCGAAUAAUCCACAGCGUCCAAACCAUGGGGGCCAUGGCGGAUUCGGCUAGAAAAAAUUUAAGAAUAAAUUUAAAAUGACCACUUUCCUUUCUUUUUUUACUUCCCUCCUGGCUCCUGGCUUUUUGUUUUGUUGUUGUUGUUUGCUUGAUCUCGAGAGAUCGAUUUACUUAACUUAUCGUUACAUUCCUUCUCUCACUCAAUUAUGGACUCUCCUCUCCCACGGAAAGCCGGAACUCACACUAUGUUAGUUGAUCAAACCCAACUCAACUCUAACUUCACUGAAUAAUCAACACCAAAAUCGCAUCCCUUCCCCAAUCACAAUAAUACGCCCGGAAACAUGGAGAUGUAUUUUUAUCAUUUCCUCGUCAUCAUCGUUACCGUUUUUUUUUCACUUCUUUUUUUUUGUUCUUGCUUGUUUGGUCAUCUUCGUGAAAGUGCUUUUCAUUUCCACAUCAAAAAAAAAAACAUCUGUUCAUGAUGUGACUACAAAUAUCAGGUUUACAAUCGGUCCCUGGGUGCAUUUUCGGCUUUUUCUACCUGCGGUAUGUACUAGGCAUAAUUGGAUGACUUAGACACCAAAUGUUGAGGAGG